AUGUCUGAUAGUGAUAAGAUUGAACCUGAAAAAUUACAAGAUCUUGAAACCCAAGCGGGAAAGAAGAGAUUCAUAGAGAGUGAUGCUGGAGAUGGUACCAAGAGAGAAGAACAAUACUUACAUGGUGCUCAUUUAAUAGGUUGUUUCAUUGCUAUUUUCUUAUGUAUGUUCCUUACUGCAUUAGAUCAAACUAUUGUCGCUACUAUUUUGACAACAGUUGGUGAUAAAUUCCAUGCCUUUGGUCAAAUUAGUUGGUUAAUUUCUGGAUUCUUAUUGACUAUGGGUGCGUUUAUUCAAAUGUUUGGAAAACUAUCAAUUAUUUUCGGAAGAAAGUAUACUAUGUUAGUAGCUAUUGUUAUAUUUGAAUUAGGUUCAUUAAUUUGUGCUGUGGCUCCAAACAUGAAUGUAUUGAUUGGAGGUAGAGUAGUGGCAGGAAUGGGAGCGUCUGGUAUACAAGGGUUAUCUUUUGUUAUUGUGAGUGAAGUGGUUCCCAUUGAAAAGAGACCGAUCGGAAUGGCCAUUAUGAGUUGUGUGUUUGCAUUUGCUAGUGUGCUUGGUCCUUUGGUGGGAGGUGCAUUCACUACUCAUGUCAGUUGGAGAUGGUGCUUCUAUGUUAACUUACCUAUUGGAGCUGUUGCAUUUGCAUUUUUAUCUUGGGCCUUCAAUCCUCCAAGACCAAAAAUAAACUUUAUAGAAGAAUUAAAGAAAUUCGAUUAUUUUGGUGCAUUUUUAUUAGUGUCAGGAUGGAUUUUAUUAUUAAUAGCAUUAACUUUUGGUGCUAAUGAAUAUGCUUGGGAUUCUCCAGCAGUUAUAGCUACAUUUAUUAUUGCAGGUUCUAUAAUGAUUGGAUUUGUGGUUUGGAAUUUAUUCUUCUCCAAGAAUCAAUUAUUUGCCACGGAGAUUAUUGUAGUUCCUCAAAUUAUGGCUUCGGUAUUAGCUAUUACAGGAAUUUUUGCCUUUUCGAUGACAUCUUUGUCUUACAUUUCAAUUUAUUUCCAAGUUGUACUUGGUUACAGUGCUUUAGGGUGUGGUAUUCAUUUAUUACCGCUUACUUUGUCAGUUGUGGUGUCAUCUCUUGUUGCUGGUUUUACAAUUCAAAAGUUCAGAUAUAUUAAACCAUUUUGCCUUGCGUCUGCUAUAUUAGCCCCCAUUUCAGGGGGUUUAAUAAUGCUAUUUGGAUUAGAACGUGAUAAUGGUAAACAAGUUGGUUUCUUAAUUAUUGCUGGUGUUUCUGUUGGUUUACUAAUUCAACCAUCACUUAUAAGCCUGCAAAUUAAAGCUCCUAAGACCCCAGGUAGUACGAUUAUGGUGACUACAUUUUAUAGUUUUUCUAGAGCUAUUGGAUCAGCAUUAGGUACAGCUUUGGGUAAUGUCAUUUAUUCGGUAUCGUUAAGAAACUUAUUUAAAUCUAAAUUGGCUACUGAGACAAAUCCACAAAUAUUAGAAGCUUUACAAGGUCAGAAUAUUAAUCAACUUGUAUCUGACAACACGUUCAUUGCUGAAUUGAAUCCAGUAGCACAAAUAUUUGUCAAGACUCAAAUCUUACAUGCUAUUAGAAAGGUUUAUUGGUUGGCUCUUGCUUUUGCAUUUGUUGGUAGUAUUUCCACUUUAUUUAUAACUAACAAGAGAUUACCUCAAGUUAGUGGUCGUUCAGAUACUGAGAAAGAAGAAAAAGAAGAAGAACGAACCGAAGAACCGGAAAAUGGACCAUCAGGGGAAGAGAUAGAAGAGAAACAACAAGAGACUAAAGCUCAGGCUGUAGAAAUGACAGAACUGACUUCAAGUUAG